AUGCUGCCUGAGAUCGUGCCGCUGCCGCCACCGUCGCCUCAAUCGGCACAGUCGGUCGUCGACAGCAGCGAUGUUGAGCGCCUAGCAGACGACCUCUGCCGACAGCAUCUGGAAGGACAGGCCAUGACGGGCCCUGACCCGACCACGGCUGUCGACUACGAUGCCGACUCGUCCUGGCAGCACAGCGUCGACCUCGAUCUAGAGGUCGACGACGGCAUCAGCAUCAGCAGCGCCGCAGCGACGCCGUCUCUGCCUCCGUAUCGGCUGCGAUCCAUGUCGUCCUUUGCGUCUGUGCCUUCGCAGAUGCCACGAGCAGCAGUAGCAGCAGCGUCCACUCUGCCACGAUCACGACAGCCGGCUCGACAUCACAGUUACCAUCAUCCUCCACUGCCACAGACGUGGAUCGAGACGACGACUUGUCCACAGCAAGAAGAGCUGCAGCUGCAGCUACAACUACAGCAACAACAACAGCCACGACAGUUGCCACCACUCCUGCUGCCGCUCUCGGCCGCAUCGCUGGCACUGCCGCAGCUGGCGCCGACGCAUCGAGACGUGCCGUCGUCGGGCUAUGACCUGUGCAGCUGGCUGGACAAGACCGUUGGUAGAGGUCACGUGACUGGAAUCACUCUGCCUACGGCCUUGUCCACGAUGUCGACGAUGCCGGCCGAACUGGUUCCGAAGACGGACGGGCUCGAGAUCGAUCCCGACGUGGACGCCAGCAGCGACGCCGACAACAGCCGCGAUGCGGCGAUGUGCACAGAGGUGGCCCGCGAGAUCCGGAUGGCCCGUCUCGUCCGAGCAGCCGUGACCGGCCAGGCCUCGGGCUCCAAAGCCAACCCGGGUCCCAGCCCGAUCCCUCACGACAUGGCCUCUAUUGCGGAGGACCCGGACGACGACUUCCUGCCCAUGUCGCUGCGGAUGGCCGGCCAGCCAGGCGGCAUCCGCAAGGUCAGCUUCGGCCUGCUGCACGUCCGUCUGUCGGCGGCCGAGAUCGCUCGUCGCUGUCCGAACCUGGUGUACAGCCGGCCGCGGAUGCGACGUCGUCGGCCGCCUGGAAGCGGUGGUGCUGGCGGCAGCAGCGGUGGCCACCGUUCCUUCAAGGCCGCCAGUAGGUCGCCGCAGCCGUCGGCCGGCUCGAUGGCCGGGGAGCCCGACUGCGAGCCGCCACUGGCACUGUCUACGACGCUGCCAUCACCAGCCUUGGACCUGGCUGCUGACUCGAUGGCCGUUGAUUUCGUCGAGGCGGCCGAGACCUGA